GUUUGGCAGAACUAUGUGGAUGUUACAAGAGCCAGUGACCCUUGAUGACCUAAAGAUUGUGCUGGUGGGGAAGACUUCAGAAGGAAAAAGUGCAACAGGAAACACCAUUCUGGGGAGGAAGGCAUUUGUAUCUAAGAAUUCUGCUGAAUCUGUAACAAGGGAGUGCAGGGAAGAGAAGUUUCAGUAUAGGGGCAAAUCGGUCUCAGUUAUUGACACACCAGGUGUUCAUGACACUGUUUCCACUGCUGAGGAAUUAGAAAAUGAGUUGAAAAGAACGAUGUUAGUUCCUGGUACUCGCAUUUUCCUUUUGGUGAUAAGUUUGAAAGGGGCAUUCAUAGCUGAAGACAUGAAUACAGUGAAUUGGAUUGUUGACCAUUUUGGAGAGGGGGCAUUUAAUAAUUCAAUCAUACUCUUUACCCAUUUUGAUUGUCUUGAAGAUCAAACUUUAGAGGAAUACAUUAAAGAAAGUGCUAGAAUUAAAAAACUAGUUGAGAGGUUUGAUGGGAAGUACCAUGCCUUUAACAAUAAAGACACACCCAGUACCCUGGUUGAAGAUCUGAUGAAGAAGAUUGAAAGCAUGCUGGAUGCAAACAAUGAAAAGAGCGUCAAGUACUCUGAGAAAUCAUACAUGGAGGCUGAGAAAGAAACUGAGAACGAAACAGUUUUGGCCAAAAAAAUUGAAAAAGCAAAAGACAUAGCCCUGAAAGCAGCUUCAGGUGUAGGAGUUGCAGCAGCAGUAGCUGGGGGGAUAGCACUUGGAGUAAUAGGAGCGCCUGUGGUUCUACCAAUAAUAGCUAUUGCAGGUGGUGCAUUAAUGGCUGUUGGUGCAGGGUCAGGAGCUAUUGCAAGGAAAAUUAAGCAAAAGGACCAACAGAGCAACAAUCUUUACAGGACUCGUACAAAUUUGUUUGCACAAAAUCCUUAAGAAUUGGUUAUCAGGGAGAUAUAGGCAUUAAACGCUAAAAUUGGU